UGCCAUUUCUAGUAAAACGCCUCUUUGACAUGGGAGUAGAUUAGAAGAGUAGAUUACGGAGUAGAAGACCUUGUAUUUAACAGCGGGACGAUCCUUAUUCUGCCUGCAGAUCCCUCACUCACCCACUCACUCGUUCAUUCUGUUUUCCACCCAGUCAUUCUUUACUGUUCAUCACGUUCUUUACCAAUAUGAAGUCGUUCGUUACCUUUGCGGGCUUGGCCUUUGCCAGCUUCGCUGCCGCUGGCCCCUGCAAGCCUCGCACCACCACAACUGCUGCUGCUGUCUCCUCUACUGAGGUCCCUUCCUCCACUGGUACUGAGACUGCUGCUGUUUCUACUAGCACGGACUAUUCCGUCCCUGUUGUCUCGGAGAGCUCCACUCUCGCUACUGUGAUUGUCUCCGAGACUAGCGCCACCGAGACCAGCGCUGCUGAGACAGGCACCACUACUGCCGAGACAAGUGCUGUCGGUACUACUACAGCUGAGACAAGCGCUGCUGACACCACCACCACUGCUGCUGAGACUACCACCGCCGAGGGCACCACCACUACUGCCGAGGAGACUACCACUGCCGAGGGAACCACCACUACUGCCGAGGAGACUACCACUGCCGAGGGAACCACCACCACCGCCGAGGAGACUACCACUACUGCUGAGGCUACUACUACUGAGGCCGAGACCACCACUGAUGCCGCAACCACCACCACUACCACUGCUGAGCCCACUGCAGACCAGUCUUGCGACAACGCUGGCCUGGAGUAUGCCAUCUACCAGCACAGCUUCCACAACGAUAAUCCUCCUGACUUCUCCUCCUUCGACGUUGAUUUCUUCCAUACCGCCACCCCUACCCACGAGGGCGAGACCACUCGCAUCGGUAUCACCCCCGGCACUCAUUCCGACACUGUCUUCGCCAUCUACGAUGACAGCCCCGAGCAGCUCUGGCAGUACAGGGCCGUCAACCACCGCGCAUACCUCUAUGCCCCCGAGAGCGGUGACUACGUCGUCACCAUCCCCAACUCCGAUGAGAUCACCCUCAUCUGGUUCGGCGACAAUGCCCUCUCUGGCUGGACUCGUGAGAAUGCCAACCUUGAGCAGGACUACCCAGGUGGCACUUCCAAGUCUUACACCAUUCACCUCGAGGCUGGCACUUAUACCCCCUUCCGACUCCUGUGGGCUAAUGCUCAGGGCGAUCUUAACUUCAUCGCUGAGGUGCAGGCUCCUGAUGGAACGGUCAUUGUCAACGGUGAUGGUAGCGAUAACAAGUACUUUGUUCGCUUCGCCUGUGACGAGAGCACAACUCCUUUCCCUGAGUUUGGCUACGGUGGUUAAGCUGCUGCUCCGUUCUACUAGGACAUAUAGCAAAGUAUAUAGCGCUUCAGUCAUGAAGCCCAAAAUAUCUUCGAGUAUAUAGCUAUUUUAAUACAUAACACUCAAUGACACUACCAUUCUUGACAAUGCG